GUGCAGGCAAUAUGGAGCAAUUCAUUGUAAAUCUCGAUGAGCUGUUGACUAAGUUGUCACAAGCCCAGGAUUCGGAAACCAUUCGCAUUGCUACCUCUACUCUCAACACUCAGUUCUACGCAACCUCUGACUGCGUUCCAGCUCUUGUUGAAAUCAUUGCCCGUUCGCCUCUUAUCCAUGUUCGUCAGCUUGCCGCAGUAGAGCUUCGUAAGCGUAUCUCAAAGUGGUGGCCCGAAAUCCCUGACCAGACCAAGACUGGCCUUCGCACACAGUUGCUUCAGAUCUCUCUCACCGAACAACAUGAGCUUGUACGCCAUUCGACUGCUCGCGUCAUCUCUUCUAUCGCACGCAUUGAUGUGCCUGAAAACAAGUGGCCUGAUCUGCUUAACUUCUUGAAUGAGUCUUGUGCAAGCCCUAACGCUUCUCACCGCGAGGUCGGAAUCUACUGCUUGUAUACUCUCUUUGAAGUUAUCUCAGAUUACUUCCUCGAUCACAUGACACCUCUCUUUGAUCUCUUCAAGAAGUCUAUUGUUGAUCCCGAAAGCAAGACUGUCAGAGUUACAACCGUUCUUGUACUUGGAAAGGUUGCAGAUUUCAUUGACACCGAAGAUAAAGAAUACAUCAAAAUGUUCAAGGAAAUGAUCCCCGCCAUGGUCAAUGUCCUCGAAAAAUGUCUUGAAGAUAAUGAUGAGGAGAGUGCAAGUGAGAUCUUUGAGGUCUUUGACAUUCUGUUGAUGUUGGAUGCUCCCCUUCUCUCCACUCAUUUGGUCGACUUGAUCCGUUUCUUCUUGACUGUUGGUGCUAACCGCGAAUUGGAAGAUUCCCUCCGUGUUCUUGCCCUCAAUUUCCUUAUGUGGGCUGCUGUAUACAAGCAGAACAAGAUUAGAAGCUUAAAGAUGGUUGGAUUCAUUGUCGAGAGCCUGAUGCCUAUCUGUACCGAAGAGGAUCCCGAAGAUGUUGAUGAGGACUCUCCUUCUCGUGUUUCCUGCAAGGUUCUCAAUGCUCUUGCCACAAACAUGCCUCCCCAGCAAGUUUUCCCCAUCAUUAUCCCUGUCAUCCUUUCAUACAUGCAGAACCCCAACCCUGGCUUCAGAAAGGCUGCCAUGGUGGCUUUUGCUGUUGUUAUCGAAGGCUGUGCUGAUUUCAUGAGCCCUCAGUUCAAUGAGCUCCUCCCUCUUGUCUGCACUGGUCUCCAGGAUCCCGAGAUCAUUGUCCGCCGUGCUGCCUGCAUGGCACUCGGUUGUCUCGCCGAGGAACUUCCAGCUGAGAUUGCUGAGCAGCACCAGGUCCUCCUUCCCCUUGUAUUCAAUCUCAUGAAUGACACCAACCCCGAGGUCACCAAGCACGCGUGCAAUGCUCUCGAUGCCAUUCUUGAUGGCCUCGGUUCCGAUGUCGUCCAGUACCUCCCCAUGUUGAUGGAGAAGCUUUUAUUGUUGCUUGACAACGCUUCUCAGACCGAAACCAAGGCUACUGUGAUUGCUGCCAUCGGAAGCGCUGCUCACGCUGCCAGCGAGGCAUUCCAUCCUUACUUUGGAGAGGUCUUGCCCCGUAUUUGCCAUCUUAUGUCUGCCAAGGAAGGAGGUGAUGCCAUGAUUCUCCGUGGUGUUGCUACCGACACUGCUGCUGCAAUUGCUGAAGCUGUUGGUCCCGAGAUGUUCCGCCCUUACUCUCAAAACUUGAUGAACCUCGCUAUUGAACAACUCCAAUUGGACUCUCCUCGUCUUCGUGAGUGCUCUUAUGCAUUUUUCUCUAUCCUUGCUCGUGUCUAUGGUGAGGAGUUUGCUCCUUAUCUUCCCACUGUCAUGCCCCACAUCAUCUCUUCUUGCCAGGCUGAGGAGAAGGAGGACAACAUUCUUCAGGGUGAGAUUGAUCUUACAACUGGUGAUGGAGAUAUGGAUGAUGAAGAUGAAUUGGAGAACUUCAACUACAACUCUGCUAUUGCCGAUGAAAAGGAGUUUGCUGCUGAUGCACUUGGUGAACUUUUCGAGAACACUAAGACUCACUUCCUGCCUUACGUUGAGACUGCUAUGGAAGAGCUUACCAAGCUCUCUUUCCAUAUGUUCGAGGGUGUCCGCAAGGCUGUUGUUGGAAGUCUGUUCUCGUUCCUUAGAACCUUCUAUGUUAUCUCAACUCCCGGAGAAUGGGCUGCUGGUCUUCCCUUGUCUUACACUGUCCAUGAGAAUGUUCAGCAUAUGAUCUCUACUGUUAUUCCUACCGUAUUAUUGAUGUGGAAGGAUGAGCAGGAUAAGAUGGUUGCUGUCCAAAUUUGCCAAGAGUUUGUUCAGGCUCUUAAGCUUAUGGGUCCUUGUGUUGUUGCUGAGACUCUUGAGAACACUACUCGCAACGUGCUCGAUAUCUUUGAGAAGAGAUCUCUUUGCCAGCAAAGCUUUGACGAUGAGGACUUUAUUGAUGAGGAUGAGGAAGCUCAGUCCGAAUCUCUUCUUAUCGGUGCUGCUGCUGACCUGGUUGCCAGCUUGUGUGAGACUAUUGGCGAAGGCUUUUCUUCAUACUUUGAUGUGUUCCUGCCUCUUAUUGCAAAGUACUACAAAAAGACAAAGGCUUCUACUGAACGCUCCAUGGCUGUUGGAUGUCUGGGCGAGUGCAUCACUGGUGUUAAGCGUGCCGUGACUCCCCAUACUGAACGCCUGUUGCAAAUGUUCAUCAAGGCAUGUGCCGAUGAAGACCAGACCGUCAGAAGCAAUGCAGCAUUUGCAUUGGGUGUUCUUACCAUCAACACUCAGCUUGAUCUUAGCUCGCAAUACCCUGCUAUUUUGACUGCUCUUCACCCCUUGUUCCAGAACCAGUCUCUUCCAAACACAACUGAUAAUGCAACUGGUGCCGUUGCACGUCUUAUCUUAGCACAUCCUGAUGCUCUGCCUCUUGAUCAGGUUUUGCCUGUAUUCUUGGGCGCUCUUCCCUUAAAGGCAGAUUUUGCUGAGAACGAACCUGUAUUUGAGUGUCUCUUCUCCCUUUUCCGUGCCAACAACCCCUUUAUCUUUGCUCAUCUUGCUCAGAUUUUGCCUUUGUUUGCACAUGUAUUGGCUGAUGAGGACCAAUUGACCGAGGCAACUCGUGCUCAACUUAUCGAGCUUGUACGUGCACUAAACGCUCAAAAGCCUGAGCUGAACUUGGCUUCAAGUGAAUUGGGACGUUUCUUGUAAACGAUCAUUAACAGAAAUAAUGCCUAUCCUCUUUUUUAUCUAUUUUCUUUUGUGCGAAUCCCACAAAACUAAGUAACUACUUCUUCUUUUCCUUUUGUAGACCAUGUUCCCUUUCUUUUUUUUCUUACUUAAAAAUAUAAUGCCCCAGCUUAUCAUACAGAGUCUCUCCUCUAUAUUUAUAUGUGUGCAUAUAUGAAUAUUCAUAUUGUCGGAAAGGCCUGUUAUUUAUUAUUAUUACCUAUAAUAUAUGUGGAUUCAACUAAGAUUUUUAUCAAUU